UUUCCGGUUUUCCAAGGCUCUUUCCGUUCCGCACAGUGCGGCUUCCGUUUUCCUUCCUACCUCCCCGCCUCCUUCUCUCGCCGGAAAACCAGCUUUUCUCGCCGGAAAGGCCCUUCUCCUCGCCGGGAAUCGCCUCUCACCGAAUCUUUACGGCCUUCUCUCUUGGUUUCUUCGCCCGGAGCCAUUAAAUUCUUGGAGGCGGUUCCGCUGCCGUGACGUCGAAGGGAGGCUCCGGAUCUCGUCUCGAUUCGGUGCCCGGAGGGGAAUGUGGCCUUUGCUUUUGAAGCGGAGGGCGGUUCUUUGAUCUCUUUCGGUGGGGCUGCUUGUCCUCCCGCGGAGGAUUUGGAAUUCUUUCGGCGGAUUUCUUCAUUCGGCGGACGGUGGAGGGGUCACGGAUCCGCGAUCGGUAUGAGAUGGUGGAAGGAAGGGCUUGUUUAUCGAGAGAGGUUAAAAAUGAGCUAGAAAUUUUGAAGCGUAAAAGGCUUCAAAGGAUGAUGUCAGGUACUGUGCCUGAAGCAACUCAUGCUGGCAAUAUGAUGUCUAGAAGUGGAGGUGAUGGUUUAAAAGCUUCUGCAUCAUGUGGAGUGAGAAUACAUGGAAAUGCACAUGCAUUUUCUUUUGGCAGUAGUCCUGCUACAGAUGCUUUUUCAAAGCACAAAGUGGAAAAGUUUGACUUGUCUAACUUAGAAUGGAUUGAGAAGAUCCCAGAUUGUCCUGUAUUCUGCCCCACAAAGGAGGAGUUUGAGGAUCCGCUAAAUUAUCUCCAGCAGAUUGCUCCUGUGGCCUCAAAAUAUGGUAUAUGUAAGAUUAUUUCCCCUAUUAGUGCUUCUGUGCCUGCUGGUGUCGUAUUGAUGAAGGAGCAAGCUGCAUUUAAGUUCACCACUAGAGUGCAACCUCUACGCCUUUCUGAUUGGGCUAUCGAUGACAAGGUCACCUUUUUCAUGAGUGGAAGAAAGUAUACUUUUCGAGAUUUUGAGAAGAUGGCAAACAAGGUAUUUGCUCGAAGAUACUCUAGUUCUGGGUGCCUCCCAGCUAAGUACUUGGAAGAACAAUUUUGGCAUGAAAUUGCUUUUGGCAAGACAGAGUCCGUUGAGUAUGCAUGUGACAUUGAUGGUAGUGCCUUCUCAUCUUCUCCGAGUGAUCAGCUUGGAAAAAGCAAAUGGAACUUGAAGAGACUUCCUCGGCUGCCCAAUUCUACGCUGAGGCUUCUGGGGACGGCAAUUCCUGGAGUGACAGAUCCAAUGCUCUAUAUUGGGAUGCUUUUUAGCAUGUUCGCUUGGCAUGUGGAAGAUCACUAUUUGUACAGCAUUAAUUAUCACCAUUGCGGAGCAUCUAAAACUUGGUAUGGAAUUCCAGGCCAUGCUGCUUCAGAGUUUGAAAAGGUUGUUUAUGAGCAUGUUUAUGAUCGUGAAAUUUUGGCCGGUCAAGGAUAUGAGGCAGCAUUUGAUAUACUCCUGGGAAAGACUACAAUGUUUCCUCCUAAUAUUCUGUUGGAACAUAAUGUUCCUGUUUAUAAAGCUGUACAAAAACCUGGAGAGUUUGUUAUCACCUUUCCUCGAGCUUAUCAUGCAGGCUUCAGUCAUGGUUUCAAUUGUGGAGAGGCAGUAAACUUUGCUAUUGGCGAUUGGUUCCCCUUUGGGGCUGUGGCUAGCCAGCGUUAUGCACUUCUUAAUAGGACGCCAUUACUUCCUCAUGAGGAGCUUCUCUGCAAGGAAGCUGUGCUUCUUUCUAAGAGACUGUCGAAUCCUGAUCCCAAAGAGCCUUCUGAAGAUUUCCGCUCCCAACACAGCAUUAUGAUUUCUUUUGUGCAUUUAAUGCGGUUCCAACACCGUGGUCGUUGGUCGCUCAUGAAAAUGGGAGCUCGCAUGUGCUGUAAUUCAAAAUUUCCUUUAUUGGUGCCAUGCAGCAUCUGCCGGCGUGAUUGUUAUGUUUCUUAUGUUGCAUGUAACUGCCAUGUGGGUCCUAUCUGCCUCCGUCAUGAGAAAGAGCUGAGGAAUUGCCCUUGCGGCUAUAAUCGUGUUGUGCAUUCAAGGGAGGACAUUCUCAAAUUGGAGGCUGUAUCUAAAAAGUUUGAGCGGGAGGAUGGAAUACUAGAGGAGGUCCAAAAGCAAGCACAAGAAUGUGAUGAGUCAUGUCUACAACCAAACUUGUUUCAAUGCAGGGAAGGUGGUGGAUACAAGCCAUAUUGUGAGAUAAAAUUUGAAGCAAGCCCUGGUGCACAAGAAGAGAGCAUAUUGCAUAACAACGGGUAUACAAAUUAUAGUAGGAUGACAUUUAUUCAGACCAAGAGUUCUGAGAGGGUAUCAGCUGGUGAAUCUGAAUCUGCAGUACCAGUUACAUCUGACAAAACUUCUUCUGCUGACAAAGCCGGUUCUCAUGACAUUUUAAGUGUACAAGAAAGUGAUGAUUCUGAUUCAGAAAUGUUCAGAGUUAAGCGCAGGUCCAGCAUGAGCAUAGAGAAAAGAUCUGUUGGGGAGACCAGAAUGCUUCCUGAACAUCAGCUAAAGGACAGCACUCAGCAUCAAAAAUCAAAGGGGAAAAAGGUAUUGAAACGACUGAAGAAGCUCCAUUCUGAAGUAAGACCCAUGCGUAUGUCAUCACCAAAAAAAUAUGCUCCGGAUAUGGCAAAUUGUUGUUCUGUUCCGAACAUCCCUUCUAACCAGAUUCCAGAUCUUGUACCUAGAAACAGGCUUUGGGGAGGAAUUCCAGAACCAGUAAAGAUUAGGCUCCAACCAUCGGAGGGGAGGUUUACAAAUGAAGGAGAAGCUGUGAAACUAAAAUUUAUUGAGAACCAAAAGGACAUUCUUCAAUGUAACACUGUGGAGAACACGAAGGAAUCACCAUCCAUAGAACUUGGGCCAAAGCGCUUGAAAGUUAGAGGCCUUUCUUUUCCUAACAAUGCUGCCGAUGAAGGCAGCUCUAGCUGUAGACUGCCAGAAGGCAAAGAUUUAACUGGCAGGCAUGCGUUUUAAUGUAUGCUGCGAGAGACUGAUGCUAACUAUGACUAUUGACUCGGCUCUAACUACAGGAAGGGAAGGCUCAACUUCAAGUUGUGGUUGAUUAACAGCUUGUGUUUCUAGCAUGGGAGGAUUCACAUAAUUGAUUCUUUUGCAAGCCUCAAAUUGAGGUGCUGGCAUGAUUCUGGAUUCAUUGGGGGUUCACGCCUGUCUUAUAUAUAUAUCUCUUUUUUUUUUCUUUUGUUUUGGGGCAGGGAACCUUGUGAAAUCAGGCAAAGGAAAGAAAUUGUGGAACGUUAUUUGUAUAUACUUGAUCAAUUCUUGUAGGGUGGGUAUUCCACUGUAUGAAGGGGUCGAUCUACUGCUCUUCCAAUUUAUUUUAUUCUUUUAUACAGUUAGUCCCAUGCCAUGGAAGUAUGAAUAAAAAGCAACUGUAUUUGCAUCUGCCCUUUAGGGUGGUCCUUGGGCGACA